AUGGCUGAACUUAUACCAUCCAAUGCUUUAGUUGACUACUCUGAUUCUACACAUUGCUCGUCUACCGACCAAAACUCUGAAGUAGAAAAGGAUUUUAGUGGAUGUGACUCUGACCAGUCUUGGCAUAUUCCUAUCAGAAGAAAAAAGAAAAGGCUAGUAUUUACAAGUAUGGACGACUACACUUGCCCAUCCACGUCUGCUAUUCAAAUUCCUACGACGAUAAUUGAAAGUUCGGACUCAACCAAAGAAAGUUCUGAUAGCACAGAAGAGGAAGACUCAGGUAUCGUUGGUAAAAAGGGUAUGCGGAAGAAACGACCACUACCGAAAAAACUAAAAGAAAGGUCUGAGAGGUGGUCUGGAAAAGGAAAAUCUGUCAAAGCUAAUCCCUGCUUAGGUAAAAAAUGCGGGAAUGACUGCGCUAAUAAGUUUACUGAAAUCGAGAGAAACUGCGUCCAUGAACUCUAUUGGGGUCUUGGAUCCUUACAAAGACAAAGAGAUUUUAUUUUAUCUUGUAUUAAGGAAUGUGAAAUCGGUCGAAAAAGAGCAGAAAGUGAUCGUCGAAAAAUAAGUUACAAUUAUUACUUACCAAAGGGCACUGAAUCGGUUAAAAUUUGUCAACAGUUUCUUUUGAAAACCCUUGAUAUUUCGCAAAUGACACUGCGUUGCACUAAAUCACAUAAAAUUGCAAGUUUUUGUCAAAACCUGACCAACGCGGCAAACGAACGCCUUUAA